CUUCCUCCAACCCCACCGCCGUCCUUACCUCCUCCAUGGCCGACACGUCACCCCUUCUCCAUUCCCCGAGAAUCACUCCGUCCAAUCCAUAUAACCCAAUCCCGCAUUCCCACAUUUGUAAUCUUCUUUUUCUGCUGCGAUUCUCUUCAUCUUUGUUCUUCGAUUUUGUGAGAAGAUGAAAUCUGUGGUCUUAACAGAUGAAAACAACAACGACGUAGACGUCGAUUUAGCGUUGUCAAUCGGCGGAGUUUUUAGAACCUUACCGGAGAAAUCGACGGCGUCUGGUUCUUCCUUCACGUUGUGGACUAGCGAUGUAGACGAGGAGGAUAGCGGAGUUACUGAUGCCAAGAACAGAGGCCAGAUCCGGCGACGAGAGACCAAGAGGAAACGAGACGAGGAAGACGAACGGAAUCCGCCAUUGAAGAGGGAGAAGAAACUUCAAGGCGUUGGAUAUGAAUGUCGAAAUGGAUCUGCAGAGCUAAUGCCGUAUCCUUACUCGUCGUUGCAGUACGUGCCGUUUAUGAAUGGCUUCGUUUUCCCCUGUGUGGUGCCGUACUGGGCGGCGGCUGGCCACGGCGGUGAGAGAACCGUCCAUCAGCCGGUAGCUUGCCGGAGCUUCAGGCCGUUUGAGACGGAUCGAAGAGGUUCAGACGGAUUUUCGAAUGGAAGGAAGAACAGGAAAACUGGGUCUUGUGGAUCAUCCCCUGUUUGCAGUUCCUCUGUUAUUUCUGAUAAUUACCAGAGUUCAUCUCAUGAAGGAGGUGGUAGCAGCUAUACCAGAAACAAUUCAUGUAAUUCCUCAUCAGAUCGACACCAAAUGCGAUGUCCGAACCCGAAACCGAAUACGAAUGGUUCUGUGAAUCAUGAUAAACCAAAGCCUUGCAGUGAGAACGGGACACAAUGUGAAGAGAAAUCUGGUGAAUCCCAUGUCCACAAGAAAGAGCCAAUCACUGCAUCGAGCAACAAAUCUGUUUUCAAUUCCCAGAGGUCUCCUUCCAUGUCAAUAAAGAACAUGAAGAUGGAGAAUGAGGAACUUCCAAAGCCUCAAAUUCUAGGCCGGAAUGUGCCAAGCCUUCAGCAAAUGCCCUACGUUUCGACGACCGGAGUUGGUCCCAACGGCAAAACCAUCACUGGAUUCUUGUACAGAUACUCCAACUUGGAGGUCAGUAUUUUGUGCGUCUGCCAUGGAGAAUCCUUUUCACCGGCCGAGUUCGUCAAGCACGCCGGGGGCGAAGAAAUUUCUCACCCUUUGAGACACAUUAGUGUUCUUCCUACUAAUGGAAUACCAUCUGCAAUCAGAUGAAAGCAUUUGAUCUUAGAUCAUAACAGCUUAACGUGUUUUUUUUAUAUUGAAACCUUGGGGCAGGAGAGGAUCUGUAGCGAAGUACUUCAACGUCUUAUUUGAGGGCUCUUUCAGGCCCCAAAUCUUUUGGCUUUGUGCAUAUUUUUAGAACAUUUUCCAAGGCAUUCA